AUGGCAUGUUUUAAGGCAGCUGAUCUUGCUCAGCACAUUGAUGCUGGGAGCUGGACUGAGAAGACUGGCCAUGAUAUUGAGGCUAAAGGUUCCACCACUAACCAGGUUAAAGGUUCCGUCACUACCCAGGUUAAAGGUUCCGUCACUAACCAGGGUAAAGGUUCCGUCACUAACCAGGGUAAAGGUUCCGUCACUAACCAGGGUAAAGGUUCCGUCACUAACCAGGAUAAAGGUUCCGUCACUACCCAGGUUAAAGGUUCCGUCACUACCCAGGUUAAAGGUUCCGUCACUACCCAGGGUAAAGGUUCCGUCACUACCCAGGGUAAAGGUUCCGUCACUACCCAGGUUAAAGGUUCCGUCACUACCCAGGUUAAAGGUUCCGUCACUAACCAGGGUAAAGGUUCCGUCACUAACCAGGGUAAAGGUUCCGUCACUAACCAGGGUAAAGGUUCCGUCACUAACCAGGGUAAAGGUUCCGUCACUAACCAGGGUAAAGGUUCCGUCACUAACCAGGGUAAAGGUUCCACCACUAACCAGGUUAAAGGUUCCGUCACUAACCAGGAUAAAGGUUCCGUCACUACCCAGGUUAAAGGUUCCAUCACUAACCAGGGUAAAGGUUCCACCACUACCCAGGUUAAAGGUUCCGUCACUAUCCAGGAUAAAGGUUCCGUCACUACCCAGGUUAAAGGUUCCGUCACUACCCAGGUUAAAGGUUCCGUCACUACCCAGGUUAAAGGUUCCGUCACUAACCAGGGUAAAGGUUCCGUCACUAACCAGGGUAAAGGUUCCGUCACUAACCAGGGUAAAGGUUCCGUCACUAACCAGGGUAAAGGUUCCGUCACUACCCAGGGUAAAGGUUCCACCACUAACCAGGUUAAAGGUUCCGUCACUACCCAGGUUAAAGGUUCCGCCACUAUCCAGGUUAAAGGUUCCGUCACUAUCCAGGUUAAAGGUUCCGCCACUAACCAGGUUAAAGGUUCCGUCACUAACCAGGUUAAAGGUUCCGUCACUAACCAGGUUAAAGGUUCCGUCACUAACCAGGUUAAAGGUUCCGUCACUAACCAGGGUAAAGGUUCCGUCACUAACCAGGGUAAAGGUUCCGUCACUAACCAGGUUAAAGGUUCCGUCACUAACCAGGGUAAAGGUUCCGUCACUAACCAGGUUAAAGGUUCCGUCACUAACCAGGGUAAAGGUUCCAUCACUAACCAGAAACAGACAGAAAAGUGAAGAUCUCUAUACUAAACCAGACUUUGGAUGGCAUUUCAUUGGCCUCC